UAGUGCUGCUAGUCGUCUCGGACAAUGAGCUACGACUACCAUCAGAGCUGGAGCCGCGACGGGGGCCCACGGGGCUCCGGACAGGGCUCCGGCGGUGGCGGCGGAGGGAGCCGGGGCUCCGGCGGCGGCGGAGGGGGCCGCGGCGGCCGGGGCCGGCAUCCCGGACACCUUAAGGGUCGCGAGAUCGGCCUGUGGUAUGCCAAGAAGCAGACGCAGAAGAACAAGGAGGCUGAGAGGCAGGAGAGAGCCGUGGUACACAUGGAUGAACGGCGAGAAGAGCAAAUUGUGCAGCUGCUAAAUUCAGUCCAAUCUAAGAGUGACAAAGAUGCAGAAGCACAGAUAUCCUGGUUUGCUCCUGAGGAUCAUGGGUAUGGAACUGAAGUUUCUUCAGAGAAAAAAAUAAGCUCAGAGAAGAAAAUUGACAACCAUGAAAAGAAUUGCACCCAAGAAAAAAAGACAUUUAGGACCACAGACAAGUCAUACAUUGACCGAGAUUCUGAGUAUUUAUUGCAAGAAAAUGAGCCAAACCUAGGCCUAGAUCAACAAUUAUUGGAAGAUUUACAAAAGAAAAAAACUGACCCUCGGUAUAUAGAGAUGCAGCGUUUCAGAAAAAAGCUGCCUUCAUAUGGAAUGCAGAAGGAGCUGGUAAAUUUAAUCAAUAACCAUCAAGUGACAGUAAUAAGUGGUGAAACUGGUUGUGGCAAAACCACUCAGGUUACCCAGUUCAUCUUGGAUAACUACAUCGAAAGAGGAAAAGGGUCUGCCUGCAGAAUAGUGUGUACUCAGCCAAGAAGAAUUAGUGCCAUUUCAGUUGCUGAGAGAGUGGCCGCAGAAAGGGCGGAGUCUUGUGGCAAUGGUAAUAGUACUGGAUACCAGAUUCGUCUCCAAAGUCGGUUGCCAAGGAAACAAGGUUCUAUCUUAUACUGCACAACAGGAAUCAUUCUUCAGUGGCUCCAGUCAGACUCACGUUUGUCUAGUGUUAGCCAUAUUGUACUUGAUGAAAUUCAUGAAAGAAAUCUACAAUCAGAUGUUUUAAUGACUGUUAUUAAAGAUCUUCUCCAUUUUCGAUCUGAUCUCAAAGUAAUAUUGAUGAGUGCAACCUUAAAUGCUGAGAAAUUUUCAGAAUAUUUUGGUAACUGUCCAAUGAUACAUAUACCCGGGUUUACUUUUCCAGUUGUAGAAUAUCUUUUGGAAGAUAUCAUUGAAAAAAUCAGAUAUGUUCCAGAACAAAAAGAACAUAGAUCCCAGUUCAAGAGGGGUUUCAUGCAGGGUCAUGUCAAUAGGCAGGAAAAAGAAGAAAAAGAGGCCAUCUAUAAGGAACGCUGGCCAGCUUAUAUAAAGGAACUGCGGACAAGAUACUCUGCAAGUACCGUAGAUGUUUUGCAAAUGAUGGAUGAUGAUAAAGUUGAUCUGAAUUUGAUUGCUGCCCUUAUUCGAUACAUUGUUUUGGAAGAAGAGGAUGGUGCAAUAUUGGUCUUUCUACCAGGCUGGGACAAUAUCAGUACUUUGCAUGAUCUCUUGAUGUCACAAGUGAUGUUUAAAUCAGAUAAGUUUCUUAUUAUACCUUUACAUUCACUGAUGCCUACUGUAAACCAGACACAGGUAUUUAAAAAAACUCCUCCCGGUGUUCGGAAAAUAGUAAUUGCUACCAACAUUGCAGAGACUAGCAUCACCAUAGAUGAUGUGGUUUAUGUAAUAGAUGGAGGGAAAAUUAAAGAAACACACUUUGACACACAGAACAACAUCAGUACCAUGUCUGCUGAGUGGGUUAGUAAAGCUAAUGCCAAACAGAGGAAAGGGAGAGCUGGAAGAGUUCAGCCUGGUCACUGUUAUCAUCUGUAUAAUGGUCUUAGAGAAAGCCUUCUAGAUGACUACCAACUACCAGAAAUUUUGAGAACUCCUUUGGAAGAACUUUGUUUGCAAAUAAAGGGCUGGGAAGAAGCCAAACGACGUGGCUUCAGAUAUGAAAAGGAUUACUGCUGGGAAUACUUUCUGUCUUCCAACACCCUACAGAUGCUGCAUAACAUGAAGGGACAGUUUGCUGAGCACCUUCUCGGAGCUGGAUUUGUAAGCAGUAGAAGUCCCAAAGAUCCAAAAGCUAAUAUCAAUUCAGAUAACGAGAAGAUAAUUAAAGCUGUCAUCUGUGCUGGUUUAUAUCCAAAAGUUGCUAAAAUCCGACUAAAUUUGGGUAAAAAAAGGAAAAUGGUGAAAGUUCACACAAAGUCUGAUGGUCUGGUUUCUAUUCAUCCUAAGUCUGUCAAUGUGGAGCAGACAGACUUCCACUAUAACUGGCUUAUCUAUCAUCUGAAGAUGAGAACAAGCAGUAUAUACUUGUAUGACUGUACAGAAGUUUCACCAUACUGCCUCUUGUUCUUUGGAGGAGAUAUUUCCAUCCAGAAAGAUAAGGAUCAGGAAAUUAUUGCUGUAGAUGAAUGGAUUGUGUUUCAGUCUCCAGAAAGAAUUGCCCAUCUUGUUAAGGGACUAAGAAAGGAACUGGAUAUCCUUCUACAAGAGAAGAUUGAAUGCCCUCAUCCUGUAGACUGGAACGACACUAAGUCCAGAGACUGUGCAGUACUGUCAGCUAUUCUAGACUUGAUCAAAACACAAGAAAAGGCUACUCCAAGGAACUUGCCACCACGGUCACAGGACGGAUAUUACAGCUGACAGCUUUCUGUGGUGGCCUAAAACCUAUCCUGAUGUCCAUAAUUCCCACUUUUUUAGAGUUUUGGCAAAAUGCCAAGCCCUGGGUUAUGACUUGCUUUUGUGUGUAAGUUAGAAACUUCCAUUGGGUAGUAAAGAGUUAACGUGCAUGACUAAACAGUGCCAUAUAGCUACUAUAAAGACAUUGGAAAAAGCAGUAUGCAUUCUGACCUUAUCCUCUGUUGUAGAUAUGUCCACACUUUGGGAGAAUUCCCAAAGUUGUAACAUUGAGAAAUUCCUUUAUGCUAUUAUGCAAAAUUAAUUUUCUGACCAUAAUGACUGACUAGAGACAGUAAAAAAUAGAAAGUUGGGUCAAAAAGCAGUGUGAAGUAAAAUUUGAAUACAACCACAUUUUUUAAAAAUGAACUUAUAAGUAAAUUUGUUGUAAUAAAGCCCAGUAUUUAAUAAAAUGUACAAUAUCUAAAUCUCAGCUAACUUCUUGGCUUGGUUUCUAGAGCUCUACCUAUCACUUGGCUCGUUUGAUUGCUUUUACUUGUUUGCUUUUGUUUUUAACUGUUUAAAAAGGUUCUUAGAUUACCUACCGUCCUGUCCUGCUCCGUGUAGCACAAUGUAGCAACUGAGCAUGUGUCUGGGUGUGAUGGUGGAAGUCCUGUCUCAGCCCCUUUUCCUUAUCUGAAAGACAGGGAAAGAUUGUGAGGAUUAAAUAUGGUGAUAUGUGUGAAGGGCCACAGCCUGGUGUCUGAUGCGUGUGGUCCUCACACCGUGCUUGUUACUAUUUGUCCAUGAAAUAUUUUUUAACCUUUAGUAAUCAAUUUUACCGUUUUAUUUUUUGGACUGAGGACCUUGGAGACGGUUGAGCCCAGGACCUCAUAUAUACUAGAUGAGUGCUGUAUUACUGAGCCACAUCCAUAGCCCUGUCAUACCCCAGUUUUAUGCCUCUUUAUGCUCUCAUGGAGUGUGACAAAACAAGGCUGUUUGCAGGCUUGUUAGAGCUGUUGGUUUUUCCUACUUUUGGACUCCCUUCUUGGUUUGCUGCUGUAGUCCCUACCUCUUGCUUAAAGAUGUUGUUUUGUCCUAUCCAAGAGUCAGUGAUUGUUCUGAGAUUAUCAAGUUUGGUCUAUUUCCCCAGUAAGUUGUGAGAUGACCAGGACAUAUCCAUAAUUCUGCCAUGGAUUUGCUGCUGAUGCUAGUUCAGGGGCUGUGGCCAUGUCUGAGUAUAUGUCACCUGGCAGUGUCUACAAAGAUUUGAAUGGACUGUGUCCUUAGUUUAUUCUUAUGGAUUGUCUCACCAAAAUUGUUUCUUCCUAAGCUCUUAGAUUUAGUCAUAGUGGUAUUGUCACAGUAUUAACAGCAUAUUAGUUUUGCCCCUAAAGUCAAGGUGUGUUUACAAGCGAGUAUUUAGUCUCCAUAGCAAAUGCAAAAAUGUUUCAGAAUUGUUUUUACAGAUGAGCAGUACACAAAAAUAAGUGGUGUCUUGCCAGCAUCUGCUGCUAUCUCUGACAUAGCUAAGCAGGGUAGAAGGUGGAUUACAGGUGCUCGGAAGGUUCAGCUUCUUGCUCACAGAUUAGGACUGUUAACUGAAAAAUGCACUCAAAGCCCCCAAAUGACUUGUUCUGUAGUGCUCUUAAAAAAUAGGUCAUCUAGAAGAAAAAGUUGUCUUAACAUCAUUGCACAGCACAAAGAACAAACUGGAAAAAACACUGUAACAGAAACUUAAGAGUAAAAAUGAAAUAUGCUGCUGCAUAAUGUUUUAAGAGCAUUAAGUACAUCCAUAUGGUACCUUCCUAAUUAAUUGACCUGGAAAAAAAACUGUAGUAAUUUUCAGUCAGUUAAUUGCAAAGUGUAUUUUGCUGCAUUUGUAAAACAAAGUCUACUUUAAAAUUAUUACUUCAGUAUCUGUGCAGUCAGACUAAGUAAAUGAUGGCAUAUCUCCUUCCAUUCUCAACACUGAGUUCAUAUUUAUUCUUAAGUAAUUAUUAUUAUGUUUUAUAUCUAUAUAUUUGUAAUAAUCCUAUAUGUUAAACAGCAUUUUUAUUCUGAUUUUUUUUUUUAAAAAAAAACAUCUUCACUGGAGAAUAUUCGAAAAUGUAUCCAGGAAAGUAAAUCAUGUUAUCAUUGUUAGUUUUUGAUAUUCUUCCAUAACUUUUUAAAGCUUUAAGGUAAUGUGUAUAGUUAACCAAUUUAAGAGUCUAAUUUGAGUGUAUUUUGUACAGUCUUGAUGUAGAGCAUUCCCAUCAACCUAAGAUGCUCUCUUGUUGCUUUCACAGGUAAAAUGCCCUUCCCUGCUGCUCCCCUCUGGUGCCCGGGGAGCAGGUUCUCGUCAGGAGUUUUGCCUUUUAUAGGUUUUCUGGGAAUGGAUUCACACAGUCCAUGUGUCCAGCCUCUUUCACUUAAUAUAAGUAUCGCGAUAACUCAUACAUACUGUACAUAUUAGUAAUUUUUAUUGUUUAGUACUCUCUUUUAUGGUUAUGACAUUGUAUCCAUUUACCACUUGGUGGACAUUUCUUGUAUUUUCAGCGUUUUUGCUGUUAAUGAAUAAAGCUGCUCUACAUAUGUA